GACAUGUAGUUCGCGUCGCUCAUGGGCACGGCGUACUGAGCGGGAUGGAAGGUGACCCUGUGCGGGCCCCGUGGCGACGUUCCGCGGCUGGCGCCAGUCGUGGCGGCAAGAAUGGGGCGCUGGCGGCAGGCAAUAGCGCGAGCGCGAGUACUGGGCUGCAGCAUGACGGUUGCCCUGUCGUCAUGGGUGACGGAUGCUUUUCCGAGAGAGUUCGGGCACUCGUUAACCGUCGGCAUCGAAAGAUGCUCACCAGCGGCCAGGGCGGCGCUUGUGGAAUUAAUGCGUUGUUCGGCACGGCCAGCCCAGAUGGCCUGCGGCACGCCGAUGCGAGAGGUUUCUUGCGACGGACGCUCGGCGAGACUGCAGAAGAAGUGCGCCGAAAUUGCCGCAAUGCUCGAGCGCUUGAUGAGCUGAUGAACUCGGCGUGGAAGCAUGUGAUCAAGCCGCAGGCGGAACAGCAUGCUGGUCUGAACGAUCGGAAUCUGGGCAUGCUGGCGGAAGAAAAGAGAUUGUGGGAGAAAAUAAAGGGGAACCGCCAUGUCAUGAAUGCCUGUGUGUGCGCCGUGAAGCAAGAGAGUGAAGCGUUGUCGGUCUUCGAGCAGAAGCGACACGAAGUUGCAAGUGCGCUGAGAAACUUAUGCGGGAACGACAUGAAAGAUGUUUUUCUGCGCCCGCUGCUGACUCACAUGGGCAUUCUUGACGACUACGAAUGCAUAGGCAAUGACGGGCAAUGGAAGAUCGACGUCGCUGGCACAGACACAGAGCUCGGGCAGCAUUACCGCCGCGGCAUCGUGGAGUACUGCGGAAUGAACAACGUGGACGCUUUUCUGUCGCACGUAAAUAACACGGUGGCCGAUCUGCAGGACGCGAACGUAGACAGAGCAUUCGGCGCUGGAGUUGGUGACUUCGUAGAGUUAGUGAAGGAGGCCCGCGUGCACGCGCCCGUCGUCGACGCCGGGGAGUCUGUCUUGGUGCAAGAGCCAUUCGAGGACUUCUUCACUCUUGUGUACCCUUGUUAUUUGGAGGCCGUAUGCUCGGAUGGGUAUUAUUUGAGUGAUUUAGAGCUGAUGUUGGUGUGCGAGUGUGCAGGUCCGCCGACUCCGCGUGCGAGGGCGAAGGAGUUGGAAACCAAGAGCGGACUGCCUGAUGAAUCUGACAUCGUGGAGGGCAACGCUGAUAUGAACCACGGAGGUCGUGCUCCGGCGCUGCACAUCCUACCCUGUGAUCUCGUGGCACCAGUGCGGGUCGUCAGGGAGUCGGAUAUCCGCGCACUGCGUUUGUUGCUGAGUCCGUGCGAAAAGCCGGAUGCGUGGGACGUUCCCGGACUGGAGUUCGUGCCGGGAGAGCUGCGCGCUCAUCUCUGGAAAGCGUGGGGCGACACGGAAUCGCUCCUGCGAGUCAUGCAAGAAACGUGGGUGCGUGCCUGGCAGGGAUGGGAGGAGUCAUGGGACGCUCUGGCAGACGCCCCCGACGCAGAGGAUAGGUGCCGCGUCGUGGAAGAACGAACGUGCAAGUUUAUGGAAUUCUUGAUGGGGGAAAUGGUGUUCGAGGCGAAGACGGACGAGGAACGCGGAGCAGAAAUGACACGAGAUGGCCGCUGUGUGGGUGCAUCGCUUGCACACGGGGUCAACGCUAGCCUAGCGGACAGUAUAUUCCAGCUUGUGUCGAACGCCGGGUGGUGUGGCCAUGCCCUGGCGUCCGCUGAGGAGCGCCGCGUCGCAUGUGAAGCGUGCGUGCGGUAUUUGCGGAACGUCGAGGAUGCGUGGUUGAAUCUGGCAUCGCACGGUGGAGAGCUGAGCGUUGCCGCUCAUGCAGGCGAGAUCGUGAGGUUUGCGUUGGCCCGCCACGGCAUGCAAGGAGUAGCGCUGCCAGACCGCGUUAUCCUGCGCACGUACUCCCGCUUUGACGGGCACGUUGGGCCACGCGGGGGGUAUGACAUGACGUUGUCCCGAGAGGAGAUCCAGGGGGGCGGCCCGGUGCUGGGCCAAUGGUCACGUGAGGGCGAUGUCACCGAGGUGGUGGAGAAGGACUACACGGAGGCAGCGGGAGCAGCGCACGUGUACCGCGUCCGCGCCGUCGAGAACGGCCGCGUGUCCGCGGACGGUUGUCGCAGGGCUAGAGAAGAAGGUCUACAGGCGGCCGCGGAGCUUAUGAAAGAGCACCCCACCGUGCCAGCGGUCUCCGUGCACGGAGCACCGUUGGAAGACGACGCCAUCUUCUCACGAGGUGCCGUAGUGCUGCCGCAAGCACACUGCGCUUUCAGCAGAUGCGGGUGGAGAGGGUCCAGCAACGAUGAGCUCCAGGAGCAUGUGGUAAGCAAUCACGCGGGGGAUCUACGGGACGUCGCGGAGGCGCUCGCAUGCAACGAAGAAGACGAGACGAGGCGAAGAGAGGCACAGUACUGGUCCGCGUACAACGAGGCCAUUGCAUGGAAAGUUCGGACGGGCGCGCCGCUUGCAGCACUGGCGAUCGAUCGUCGAUGUCUGUUCGAGUAUGCGCGGAGUCUGCGCGAGGGUGCCGUCGACUCUCUCGUGUGCAUGGUGUGCGCACGGAAGUUUCCGCACGUGGAAGGGCGCAGAGGGAACCCGAUCGAAUGGCGCGCGGUGAGUCCCAACGCGGACGGACUGUUCGGGCUGUCAGGCGCGUUCGUGAGGGAGCAUAUGUCGGUGGACGCGUACGUGGAGCGGUUCGGCAAUGUGAGUGCCGUCGGGGAGGGGAGCAGCGGUGUUCAUCUCCGAGAUCGAAUGGAGGAGUUUAAUGAUUGGCAAGUGACGGUUCCAUCAGAAGAGGGGCCCGUCCGCGUGCUCUGUUGCCCCGAGGACAUGCGGUGCGUCAGUGGCACGUGGCACUCGGAGAACACGGCGUGCAGAUGUUGUGAAGCCCCGCUGUGCGGGGAGUGUAAGAACGCGAUGGUGGGCGUUCGCGGCGAGGCGAACGCUGUGGUGUGUGAGAAGAGCAGUUUCGACGAGGGAGACAUCAAUGCGCAGCGGAUUGAGGCCGUGCGGACCUUCGUGCAACGGCUAGAUGAGGAGUGCGCGCAUGGCGGGGCCGACGGCACGUCGAACUCCAGCGAAGACGAGGAAGGCGGCGGAAAGGCAGAACGGACAGGGAAACGCGGCCGCGUCCGCGAGGGCACGGCCUCGAGCGCGGACGAAGCGGCGCGAGAAGCAGUGGAGCGCGACAUGCUGAUGCAGGCCGGGCGCGAAAGGACGUGGUUCACGUAUGUGUCAGCGAACGCAUCAGGCGAGGUCGAACAGCUCACUCCCGCGGAAAUCGCGGAAGGAGCGAAGCAGAUUUAUCGCGCGCUCGACGGGAAGUACGUAGACAUCAACAAUAGGAAACAGAAAGUAAACGGCGACAUGACCAAAGUGCGGCACGUGCCAGGGUUGGGGAAAGCCGCCCAUAAGCUGCUGACGCACAUAGAGCACACUUCGCGGCGACUGUCUGGGACGCAGGAAGCGCGUCGAGUCAUGCGAUUUGAGACGAACGCGCUGCGAGUGCGGUACGGCGUCCCCAUAUUCGUAACCUUCUCGCCCGACGAAGGUCACAAUCUGCUCGUGGUGAGACUCUCGCGCACUCGCCGGCAGGACCCCGUGCACAAGGCAGCUGAUGAUGAAGCGCACUCGCGGCUGGCGGGGAGUCGGGGCUGGCCGCGCGUAGCCCCCGACAUGGAUGGGCUGCACAUGGACCUGCCGAUGACCACGGGGGAGGCAGGAGUGCCGCCAUGGAACGAGCGCAGACGAAUUCUUGCGAGAGAUCCCAUGGCCAGCGUGGACGGCUUCCGUAUCCUGGUGCGGCCGGAUCUGCCGCAGCAGAAGAUGGCAUGGCUCCAACGCCACGACAAGGAGAGCGGGGACUUGUACGGUUUCUUGCCCAUCGCUGAAGGCAUGCCCGUCGCUCUGACCGAUCAUAUCGAUCGAAGCGAGGACAAAAACCUGCUGCGCGGUCGCGUGGGCCGGGUGCAAUCCUGGGUAUGCGACGGGGACGCCGUCAAUGAUCGAGUCACGCGCGGCGGGGAGACCAUAUUGAAGAAGACUCCGAAAGUGAUCUUCGUGUUGUUCGACGAAGGCGAAGACGGGAACGGCGGCAGGAAGCCAUGCCAGUGGACGAUCGAGGGAUUGAAGACGCCCGGGUUGUACCCCGUGAUUCCGCAGAAGAAGGCGAUAGAGCGGGAGUUCAUGCCGUCUGGCAGGUGCGCGGUCUGCGGGUGCACGAAGUACAAGAACAUGUACCCAACGGUCGGGCAGUGGAGCCGCGCAGAUGGGCUCCGCGUGUGCAGCGUGUGCCUGGAAGAUAAGAAGAGGUCCGGCACGCCGUGGCAAUGCAUGGAGUGUGGUCUAUGGAAGUGCCAGGAGGCUUUCCACGCGUCACAGCACCACCCAUCGAAGUUGACCACGCGACGUUGCGUAGACUGCCCCGAGAGGCGAAAGUGUUAUGUGUGCGAGAAGAGCAAGUACGAGGAAGGAUUCGGGGCGACUCAGUGGGACAAG